AGAAGGAACGUGUGACCUCAUCAAGGCGCGCUGAUGCAGUGAAGGGAGUUUCGGCGCUAUAGCACAUUCCCCCCUCCCUGGACCAGUCCAGCACCGAAUCGCAGACAAUAACUAGGAUGAGUAUGUUUGGGACAAAUACCGGCUUUGGAUCAGGAGGCACCAGCAUGUUUGGAAACACCACCACAGAUAACCACAAUCCAAUGAAGGAUUUUGAGGUGACAUCUCCCCCUGAUGACAGUAUCAGCUGUCUGGCCUUCAGCCCCCCAGCCAUGACAGGGAACUUCCUGAUUGGGGGGUCCUGGGCCAAUGAUGUGCGUUGUUGGGAGGUACAGGAUAGUGGGCAGACUGUCCCCAAGGCACAGCAGAUGCACACAGGGCCGGUGCUGGAUGUCUGUUGGAGUGACGAUGGAAGCAAAGUUUUUACAGCAUCAUGUGACAAAACUGCUAAAGUGUGGGACCUUAACAGCAACCAGGCAAUGCAGAUAGCCCAGCAUGAUGCACCUAUUAGGAGUAUUCACUGGAUAAAAGCUCCAAACUAUAGCUGUGUCAUGACAGGAAGCUGGGACAAGACUUUGAAGUUCUGGGACACGCGUUCCCCAAACCCAAUGAUGUCUCUUCAACUGCCAGAAAGGUCCUACUGUGCUGAUGUGGUGUACCCCAUGGCAGUUGUCGCCAGUGCAGAACGGGGGCUGAUUAUCUACCAGCUAGAGAACCAGCCCUCGGAGUUUCGCAGGAUAGAUUCUCCGCUGAAACACCAGCAUCGAUGCAUUGCCAUCUUUAAGGACAAGCAGAACAAACCGACAGGGUUCGCCCUGGGGAGCAUUGAAGGGAGGGUUGCUAUUCACUAUAUCAACCCACCCAACCCAGCUAAGGAUAACUUCACCUUCAAGUGCCACAGAUCCAAUGGAACCAACACCUCGGCACCGCAGGAUAUUUACGCUGUUAACGCAAUCUCCUUCCACCCAGUCCACGGGACUCUGGCUACGGUGGGCUCUGAUGGACGGUUCAGUUUCUGGGACAAAGACGCGCGCACCAAACUGAAAACCUCGGAGCAGCUGGACCAGCCAAUCACAGCCUGCUGCUUCAACAGCAACGGAAACAUCUUUGCCUACGCCUCCAGCUAUGACUGGUCAAAGGGACAUGAGUACUACAAUCCACAGAAAAAGAACUAUAUCUUCCUUCGCAAUGCAGCAGAGGAACUGAAACCCAGGAACAAGAAAUGAUUUUACCAGCUGUUUCAUCUCUGUUGUUGGACACUUGAAUUCAGAAGACCUUCCUUAAUAUGUAUAUACAAGAGAAACUGUUUCCGCUUGCACUAGGACCAGGGUGGGGCAAUGCUGGCAGACUCUAGGGGAGGGGCUUUCUACUCACAAGAGGACUGGGGUGUGGCAUCCGUUUUUUCAACAUUUCUUUUUUUUUUUUAAUAAAAUUAUUUGGAUUCCAGUUGUGUCUCACAGAACAGUAUUCUUGGCUAAAUUCAGCCUAUCAACAGGUAUUUGUGGGCUCCCUGCUAGUAUUGUUAAUAGUUUAUAGAGCUUGAAUGUUAUCCAGUGUUUGUCAGAUCUGCAUGUUAGCUUUAGUGUUGAUGCAUUGUAAGGUCAUGUAUUUAAUAUUCAAUAGUCUUUUGAAGAAAUGUUUAAAGUUUAACGGCACUGUGGAAUUGUCAUGCAUUCUUUAUUCUAAUCAUUGUAGUUGAGAAAUAUAUCCACCAGGGGGCUCAAUUGUAUUUUAUUGGUCAGUAAACCUUUUGAGCAGGUGCAUGUUUUAUCCAAGAGGUGGCACUUGCAGCAAACAUUUCAGUUGAGGUACAUAGUGUGAGAAGUGAAAAGGUUUUGCUUCACUGUUGGGAGUCUAAACCUGCACAGGUCAACAGAACACAAAUCUCUUGACCUUGUUAUACUUUUACUCUUUAGUGGUAAUAAUGUGUACAAAUGCAGUUGCUGAACAGGUCUGGCCUGGCUAUGUGAUUCUAAACACAGCUUAGAGAAGUGUCUUCUUUCUCGUAUCUAUCUAAUCAGUCAAGGAUAUGUACAAAACCACUUGUUAACAGUCAGACAUUUCGUUUAUUUAUAUUACAGACAAAAUGAACCACAAAAGGAAAUCCGUUUUUUUUUUUUUUUUAAAACGUCAUUUCAGUUUUCCAGAAUUCUAUAGAUAAAUAAUUCAAAAAGGCAUAUUCCUGGACCUGCCUGUAAAUUCUGUAAGAUCUUUGUCCUGUUGGGAUCUGAACUUGACCUGUGCAGUACAUUAUAGCUUGAAGAUAAAGUGAGUUUCUCUGCUUUGUUUGGCGAGGCUCAAGAGACCAGCCCGCGAAUCAGCAGCGGGUAUCUCCAGAGUGGAUUAAAACAAACUGCUGUGUGAGUUUGGAGCUGUAGCAGGAGUGUGCACGAGACGUCCAGCAGUGAUUUAUAGUGUCAGGUGGGUUUUCAGUAAAAAAAGGUGAUGAUAACAGAAGGUGCCAACUCCCUUAAACUGACCCCACCCCCCAUACACAUUUUUUGUUUAUUAUUAACAGACACUUUAAAUACACCUUUUCAGUAUUUACAUGAUCUGUGUGUGUGGUUAUUGAGCAAUGUCUCUUGACUUAGUGCAAUAGGGCAAUCCCCAGAAAGACUUUGCACUUUAUUUCUGUAUAUUUUAACUGGAAUUCCUUACUUUAAUAUCCCCUUAUAGCCACCACAUGAUUUUCAUUUAUUUAGAUAAGAUCACUACUUCAGUCGUGACUUAAGCAAAGUAAAUCCAGGAGCACACAGAUGAAGUGCUAGUUUAUUAAACUCCACUGCUUUACUGUGACUACCUCAGCCUUGCCCUGAUCAAUUGAACUGACAGCGGCUCUUAAUUACCCUUGUAUGGUACUGUGUUGCACUGACUCCAUACCAGCUGUGUGGGGUUAGGAAUGCUGUUUGAGAAGCGCGCACAACUGUACUGCUAGCGGGAGAGCACAUAGCAUUUCCUGCCAAUGUCAAUAGAUUUUUCAAAAGUGUCAAACGUUUAGUUGCUUGUACUGUAAAGUUUACUAAGCUGUGCUAUGCUAUACUGCUCCCACAGGCUAAUCCUCUCUCAAAAGCCGUUGUACAUUCUGUAUGUAUUCCUAUACUGUAUAUGCUGCUGUCUGUCCUGUUCAUAUUAUAAUGCUCUUCUGUGUUAAAGCAGGGGGAUAGGUCUAUCCAGUUUUUCAAGACUAUUAAAUGAACACAAUAAU